UAGAGCAAGCUAGAGAAGGAACGAGAGAGAGAGAGACGCAAGCACGCACGCACGCACACACACACACACACACACGCACGCACGCACGCACACACACGCACACGCACGCGCGCGCGCACACACACACACACACACACACACACACACACACACACACACACACACACACACACACACACACACACACACACACACACACACAGUGAGAGGGAGAGAGAGAGAAAUAGAGGGGGUUAGAGAGCGCCUUUAACACCCCCACUUUGUGUGUGUCGUGAAAAAAUGUCCUAUACUGCAAGGAAAGCCAAGGCAGUGGCAGAAUAGCCACUAACGAAACCCUCCCACGAGAGAGAGAGCCAGGAGAAAGCGCGGGUCCUCAGUUGGUCGACUGCAGCUAUUUAUUUAUUUUUGCUCGUAGCCUAUGCCGGGAUUUUGCAAACGAAUUCGAACGUGACGCGAUACAUGCCUGGCAAUAAUAAACAGCCAUCGCACGGGUCGCCGCUGUGCCGCUGACUGUAUGAACAGCUGAAGGUAAUUCAUUAAUUUCGCAAACGGACAUUGCAGUUGCAUCCUUUUUUCCCCCACCAUCCAUUGCACAUUGCACGAUAUUAAGCAAUGCAUCGCUGGAAUUUGACAGUGUUGAAUGCGAAUUGAUCAGCAGUAGUCCCUCUACUCAGACCGAUCCAUGGAUUGACAAGAAACAUUUUCAACAGAAUAGACCGCGGAACGGCUGAUUGAAGUUUGCGUCCAACAUGCAUUUCCCCGGGAGCAGCGAGGAGGACUCCUGGAGCGGUUCUUGUUGUGUCUUUGCUGCGGCGGUGCAAUCCGCGGCUCUCCGGCUCACCGAGACAGAGAUAAGUCACCUCAGCUAAACAGACCCUCACAACGGCUUCACAGAUCAACACAAGCCAUAUGAUCCACAGCACCUCCACUGUGCAUGUGAGAGAGAGAGGGCGAGGUAGCCAACCACCAACCGGGUGGACACUGAAUUUGUGCACCAAAGGAGCUGUGUUUUUUUGGCGCUUUUAAAAAUAUAACAACGGCACCAUUCCAAAAAAAACAUCAGCGGACCACUGGGAACACACAGUCAUCCCGGCGAUUUUUUGGUUUGUUGGAGGAUUGCCCCGAUGUGUCCGUUGAGCACGAGACGCCCGAGAGCCGUUCCCGCCGUUCCCAGACAGCAGAGGCAGCAGACGGUGGCUCUGCGUGUGUCAGGUUAGGGCCCCUCGGAUCCCGCCCUAUGCACCCCAACUCCAUGCCAGCGACACUUAGCCGCCCUGCUUGAGCACUUUGUCAGAACAGCAUCACCGCUACAGAGACACACUGCGGGGGACCGAGCAUUCAUAAAAAGGCUUUAAGUGCUGAUUAAAUCUCUCUCACCGGGUACAACCACACCCACCACACCCACCACCACCACUACCAGACCAACCACCACCACCACCACCACCACCACCGCCACCGCCAGCCUACCACCCCAGCGGCAGGAUGCAGGUGUCCUUCGCCUGCACGGAGCACAACCUGAAGAGCCGGAGCGAGGACCGGCUGUGUGGCCUCCGGACGGCCCCCCCGCCCGGGGGAGGGGGGCAGGGCAACAACGGGAACUACAUCUCCCAGGGCUCGGCCAAGCUGAGGGACGCGCCCGGGUCCCGCCCCACACAGGGCCACGCCCACAUGAAGGAGGCCAUCGGGCGCCACAGCAGCAUGAAGUACAGGAACCUCGGGAAGUCAGGACUACGAGUUUCCUGCCUGGGUUUAGGAACCUGGGUCACGUUCGGAUCCCAGAUCUCUGAUGAGACUGCUGAGAACUUGAUGACCAUAGCGUACGAGAACGGAGUGAAUCUGUUUGACACGGCGGAGGUGUAUGCCUCGGGCAGGGCGGAAAUAACCUUGGGCAAUAUCAUCAAGAAGAAGGGAUGGAGACGUUCCAGUUACGUUAUCACCACUAAGAUCUACUGGGGCGGCCAAGCUGAGACAGAGAGAGGACUCUCCAGAAAACACAUUAUCGAAGGCCUGAGAGGGUCUUUGUCCAGACUACAGCUGGAGUACGUCGACAUUGUCUUCGCCAACAGAAACGACGUCAACAGUCCAAUGGAAGAGAUUGUACGAGCCAUGACGUUUGUGAUCAACCAGGGGAUGGCCAUGUACUGGGGAACCUCUCGUUGGAGUGCCAUGGAGAUCAUGGAGGCGUACUCAGUGGCGCGGCAGUUCAACCUCAUCCCCCCGGUGUGCGAGCAGGCCGAGUACCACUACUUCCAGCGGGACAAGGUGGAGGUGCAGCUCCCAGAGCUCUACCACAAGAUAGGGGUCGGAGCGAUGACAUGGUCCCCCCUGGCGUGUGGCCUCAUCACGGGCAAGUACAGCGAGGGCGUCCCCGACUGCUCCAGGGCCGCCAUGAAGGGGUACCAGUGGCUGAAGGAGCGAGUGAACAGUGAGGAGGGACACAGACAGCUGGCCAAAAUCAAAGAGCUCCACCUACUGGCAGACAGGAUGGGCUGCACCGCAGCGCAGCUCGCCAUCGCCUGGUGCCUGAGGAGUGAAGGGGUCAGCUCCGUGCUGCUGGGCGUCUCCACCACUGAGCAGCUGGUCGAGAACCUGGGGGCCCUGAGGGUCUUAACCCAGAUGACCCCGCAGACCAUCAGUGAGAUCGACACGUUGCUGGGAAACAAACCCCACUCCAAGAAGGAGGCGCGGGCCUGAGGGUCAUGUGACCGGCGAGAGACAAAGACCAACGACUGACACCGGGGGAGACAUCACCUCUUCAACCCCGCAGUUUACUCUGAAAAAAAAACGAAUUGCAUGUCCUCUGCAACAUUAUGCUUCCAAUAUUAUGCGCAUAUCCAUUUUUGCGUAUUGUAUCAUGUAUAAAAGAAGACGUUGACGCGGUAAAAAAUAUGGACAAAAGAGAUCUAUCAACGUGAAAACAUAAAGACGAGCCAUCAUAUAGGUAAUCAUUGCUGAUUCUUAACGUUCAACAGACACAGGGGGGGGGGGGGGGGUGUUUUGAGGGUCACAUCUCUGCGCUUUUCACCGCCAGGCAUCGAGAGGAGAGGUCUAAAGCACAUUAACCUUGGGAUAUGGGAUAGGAGCAGGGGUGAACGGUUUCUCUAGAGGACUAUGAGUGGACACGCCGGAGCCGACGACAGACUUAUGAGUCUCCUCCACUCCACAGUCUCCUAUUGGUCUUCAUGAGGGUUAUUUAACAACCCAGCAGACCAAAGGCCAGCGAGUGUAACUCGGCCUUUCACUGGCCCCCCUCCUGGGUUCUCUCGUGAUUGACUUUCCGCGCGCGGAGCCAGGUGGGAUCGUCUGAGGUUAACGGGGUUCAGUCAGGUGGGAUCGUCUGAGGAUAACGGGGUUCAGCCAGGUGGGAUCGUCUGAGGUUAACGGGGUUCAGUCAGGUGGGAUCGUCUGAGGAUAACGGGGUUCAGUCAGGUGGGAUCGUCUGAGGAUAACGGGGUUCAGCCAGGUGGGAUCGUCUGAGGAUAAUGGGGUUCGGGACACAAGGAAGUUGGAUAUGGAAAUUUGAUCAUUAGAAAUGUACUGUACUUUUUCAGUUCCUUAACAAAAAAAGAGAAGAAAAUACACAUUUGGUGACUUGGUGGAUGACCUUGGCUAUUAUUCUCACACAGUUAAAAAUAAUGGGUUUGUGGGUUGAUAGACACAUGCAUUGCUUUACACAUCUCGACGCACCGUUAAUAAGGGAUCCAGACAAAACAACGUGGGGGAGUUGCACAAAAAGAUGGAUUCAAAUUUCAAAAUGUUAUUAAUUCAUCUUCGUACACGAUAGAGUUGGAGGAAACACCCAAAAAAAGCAAAACACACUGACCAGAUAACGUUUCUGGGAUCAGAUAUUCUGGGGAAUUCUGCCAAAAUGUACUACAAUUUAGAAGGAUAGAGAGUGAUCUGUAUCGGAUUAAAAUAUUCUAAAGUAGCCAAUUGAACUGUGCUGCCUCCUCAGCAGUGUUCUCCUUCGCCUCCAGUGUGUGUAAACUGUGCGCAUGUCCCUUUAAGAGAGGAAAGCCUUUUUAUGGGCGUCAAUGUGGCAUGGCAUUUAUGGCUUAUGUAAAUACACAUUGCCAUUGUAAGCCAUUUUUAUUUAAUUUUUUAUUCUAAACAAUUUAAGAAAAACGACGUAUGGUUAUGCGCAGGAGGACAGUUUUGCUUGAAUGUCCCUCGGCCCCUUGUACGUUCAUGGGAAGUUUAUACAUUUAUUUUGUCCUAAACUAACGGUUGGUAAAAUCUUUACCUCAUUGGUGAAAUGACUACUAAUAUAGAGGGGUUGGACACACUGCAAUGACUUGGAUGGUUUCACACUGUAAUAAUAUAAAAUGAUAGCUAGAGGCUUUAAUUUUAUUGAGAAGAGAUAUAGGCUGUUUCUUGUGUAGAAAAAUAUUUAGUUUUGGUUAUGUUUUUUUCCCCCCUAUUAUCAUAAACUGUUCAUUUAUUUAUUCCUCCUUUAGGAUCUGCUCAUUACUGUGUUAUGUUUAACCUGCUAUUUAUUUAUAUACCUAAUCAUACUGCGAUACCAAGGGAAAUUGUUAUUUUGAUAAAUGCUAUGUUUAAGGUUAUGUUGAACAUAGAGAAACUGUAUAUAGGUGGAUGUGUUGGAAACUGAAUCAUUGUUGAAGGAGAAAUUGUGUGACAAAAGGAGCAGAAGUUCUGCUGAUAACGUAUGCGUCUCCUGUGUACAUAGAUAUUUAAAUCUAACUCCGGAACUGUCACAUUGCCUGCAUAACUUAUAUUUUACUGUCUUGCAACCAAAACAAAAAAGAGAAGAGACACCGUAA